CCAGGUGAUACUAUCAACAUUAUCUCUGAUCAAUUGGACAAAGCGAAUAGCAUCAUCGUCUUGACGCUCAAGGACUCGCGAUCUUUCAUUAUCCAUCAUCCUGAUCUCAUGCUGACCAUGACAUCCAUCGCCAAUGCCAUGCCGUGUCCCCGACGGCCAAUCUUGCAAUCCAUGGUCAAACCUUCUGGUCCAUCAAGCAAGAGCAUGCUAUAUGGAACGCUGCUGCAUACUCUCCUACAACGCGCGAUGAGCGAGCAAGAUUUCUCGGUCGAAGCGACACGUCAGAGGCUCAAUGAUGAGCUGAAUAAGGAAUCGACCAAGUUGGAUAUUUGGGGAGCAGACCUUGGCUGGGAGGAUGUGCGGCUCGAAGUGGGCGCGAAAGCUGGAGAAGAAUUUUCGAGGUUUGCGAAUCGCUGGAUUGGCCCCUCGCCCAAAAUUCCUUUGGGCCAGUUGCAUGCUAAUCCUGGUGACGCUCCUCACACACUCGCUAUCAGUGGAUUGCACGAUGUCGAAGAGGACAUCUGGUCACCUAAAUGGGGUCUCAAGGGGAAGGUAGAUGCCUCUGUUCAAUGUGUGAUCCAGCAAUCCGAUACCAAGGAUGAUGGCCAAAUCCAUGUCGCGCCGUUAGAGAUCAAAACGGGCAGAUCGGUUGGUGUCAUGGCGCAUCGAGCGCAGACAAUGUUGUACACGUUGCUCAUGGAAGAUCGAUAUAACGUCCCUGUACCGGCUGGUCUCCUAUACUACUCUCAGCUUGAUUCGUUCCUAAGAGUGGAGGCAAAGGCGAAUGAGAUAACCGCAUUGAUCAUGACCAGGAAUGAUCUGGCCAAUUAUCUCGCGAAGCAGCGGACUACAGAAGCCGAGCUCGGGACACAGUACUCAUACGACACCGAGAUAGAAGAUACAGCUUUCCUUCCUCCAACGAUUGACCAUCCGAAAGAGUGCCGAACAUGCUACGCCGUCGAUACUUGUAUGCUGUAUCGGAAGACUGAGCCUUCGGCCCCAUCAUCGGCAGAUGAUCCUAUCAAUGAAUUGUUCGAGGAGAAGACUGGUCAUCUUUCGGAAGCACACGUACAAUUCUUCAAAAAAUGGGAGACUCUGCUGACAAUUGAGGAGCAAGACAUUGGCAGAUUCAGGUCGCAGCUCUGGACCAUGACCGCGAAGAAGAGGGAGAAGACCGGAAGAUGCUUCAGCAGGAUGGUCAUCUCCGCGUAUUCUAACGAUCUAGGCAAAUCCCUAGCCAAGAUCCAUCGUCACACUUACAAGUUUGUUCGCGCCACAUCGAACACCCAGCAAGGAUCUUUGCUCUCCGGACAUAUCGCCAGAGGAGAUCCAGUCUCUCUAUCUAUCGAGCCAGAUCUCCUAUGCUUGUCCAGAGGUUUCGUCACGGACUUGACACCAGAAAGUAUCAGUAUUGGCGUUACCUAUGUCAUCGAUACUGCCGCCCUACUGGCCAGGACCAGACAUAAGAAUCACGCGCAGCAUGGUGAUCAAGUGGAAUUCAGGAUCGACAAGGACGAGAUGGCUUCCGGCAUCAUGCGCAUGAGGGCGAAUCUCGUUCAAUUGUUCUUUGCUGGCGUAGCUGAAAAUCUUAGAAGGCAAGUUGUGGAUCUGGCUCCGCCAAUCUUUGAACCCGCCCGUGUGCCCCAACCCCACGAGAUUCCCGCCUCCCUCAAUGAAGAUCAAGCGCGUGCCAUGAGUCAGGCUCUCAGUGCCAAGGAUUAUGCUUUGAUCCUUGGUAUGCCUGGGACGGGGAAGACAAGCACCAUUGCAGAGAUCAUCAAGGCUUUGGUGGAUCGCGGCAAGACUGUCUUGUUGUCGAGCUAUACGCACUCUGCAGUCGACACGAUUCUCAUGAAGUUGCUCAACGCUGAGUUUGAUAUACUUCGAUUGGGUAACAUUGACAAGGUACAUCCGGACGUGCAGCAUUUGACCUUGGAGGCGAUGGAAUCUUCCACCAGUAUGCCACAGUUCGAGGCUCGCCUGAUGGGCCCGCCAGUGGUAGCAGCCACGUGCCUGGCUGUAGAUCAGCAUCGCAAAUUACCCUUCCAACUUGUCAAAAAUGCAGAAGCCCGGCGAGGGGGCCUCGAUACCUCGCUCUUCAAACUGCUCUCGGAGGCACAUCCGUCCGCUGUCACGGACCUCUCGUAUCAGUAUAGAAUGAGCGAGGAUAUCAUGAUGCUAUCCAACGAGCUCAUUUACGAAGGGCGGUUGAAAUGUGGCUCCGAGGCAGUCGCACGCCAGAGCUUGACCUUGGCACGCGAACUGGACUGUGCGGCUGUGUUUCCGAAGAGUCAUGGGCCAGGGUCUUGCUGGAUCCGGGAUCUACUUGAUGAUCAGGUCAAAGCCGUCUUUGUCGAUACCGACAACGUGCCUGCAUUGGAUUCCAAGGUUGGUUCUCUGGUUCAAAAUGAAGUAGAGGCGAACCUUGUUUGUCAGCUCGCCUCGGCACUGAUUGGCUGCGGUGUAAAGGAGAAUGAUAUUGCCGUCAUUACGCCAUAUCGACAGCAGAUCAAACUUUUGACGGGUCUCUUUUCGGAGCUGCCUCGCGUUGAGAUUAUGACGGCGGACAAGAGUCAAGGGAGAGAUAAGGAGUGUAUCUUGAUAUCCCUGGUACGGUCAAAUAAGGAUGGCAAUAUUGGAGAUCUCUUGAAGGACUGGCGUCGUAUCAACGUGUCCUUCACCCGAGCGAAACGGAAGCUCGUCAUUUUUGGAUCUCGGUCUACUCUGGAAACAAACACGCUGUUGAAGGACUUUUUGAAGUUGAUGUCGAGACAAGGCUGGAUAUACGAAUUGCCCAGUGGUGCUCUGAAUCUUCAUGCCCUCGCUGAGGUCAAGACUGAGGCGGACGAGUCGAUGUCCAGAGGAAAGGCCAAGAUCAAAGAAUCUCUCCUGCGUGGUAAAGGGUUCAUCAGUGACAUCUUGGCCGUAAGUUGUCUCAACUCGACAAUAGCUGAUCGAGUCAGGAGGGAUUUUGAAAUUGCUUGCGGUCACAGAGUUGACUUUUGCCCGCCGUUGCCAUGCCUGUAUUCUGUUGUAUUGUCCUGA